AGACGCUACAGCGCCCACAAAUGGCCGCAGCCCCAUCUCAAGAGCCAUCGUCGAAGCUCUUCAUCUCUAAAUCGCCCAGCCCCAAGCAUGAAUCUUUCUUCAUGGUUUCGCCGUGAUCGCUCGAGGAGCAAGAACUCAGAGGAAACCCACCAAUCAAACCAGAGACAAGAACAAGAAGAACAGUUGCUUGGAGUUACAGACCAGUUGAUCGAUUAUAUCAAGUCUUUCACUUUAGACACUUUCAAGAGUUUCCCUCUCCAAGAUGAUGAAGGGGCUGCAAAUGGGGAUGAGACCCAGAAAACUUCUUCGACCAAUGUGCGAAAGGAUCUUUCUGAUUGGCAAGAGCGGCAUGCCGUUUUCGUGCUUUCAAAAGUAAAGGAACUUGCACAGCUUAGAUUUACCCUUUGCCCUCGCCAUAUGAAGGAGGGACAAUUUUGGAGGAUAUACUUCGCCCUUGUUAAGAGCCAUGUGGCUGAAUAUGAGCUGCAUGCCAUACAACAAGCUAAGCUUAAGAACUUAAAGUUGGCUAUGGAGAAUGGGAAAGGACCGGAUGCCAGUCCAUACGAAGUUGAAAUGGCAGAAAGACAGGAAUCAGCAAAUUUAGCACCUUCAACGCCAUGAAACCACAGAUAUUCCUUCCUAAGGAGCAGGCGUUAUUAGUUCAUUGACGAUAUCAUCACAUAUUUGUGUAUGUACGCUUAAUGAGAUCAUUGCUGUUAUCUUGAAUAGAUUUGAACCUACAUGUGAUGGCAACUGGACGUCAGCUGGAGAUUAUAGCAUGUAGAAUUAUUACAAAUGUGAAGUACGACAUAUUCAGCUGUAAAUUUCUAGUAGUUGUAGCAUUUAUUCCUUUUCAAUGUGAAUUCAUGGAAGCCGAUGAACUCCAAAACUGAAAACAUGUUGAAUUAAAUUACCAGGUAUUAGAAUAAACCCUGGAUUUAUAC